AUGAAUAUUAGUUUCAUUACAUCAAAUAAAGGUCAUUUAUUGCUCGUGUUAAAUGAUUAUUUAUACAAAUGUAACAAGAAAAAAGCCAAUAAAAAAUAUUGGGUUUGCAUCAGUAAUGGGUGUAAAGUUUAUAUUCAAACUGAUCCAAAUAAUACAUAUCUAUGUAGUGUCAGAGCUCCACACGAUCAUGAACCGAAUCCUGAAAUGGUUGAAGCUAAAAAUGUUCAUCAAAAAAUUAAAGAACGAGCUCUUAAAGAAUUAACAUCAAUUUCAAUGAUUUAUGAACAAGAAGUUUCAAAAACAUCCUUAAGCACAACAACUGUGGCAAUCUUACCGACAAAUCCAUUUGUAGCCAAAGCCCGACAAAAAGUUAUUCCAUUAUUGCCACAAUCUUGUGUAUUCGACAUUCCGAGUGAUUAUACAACAACGAUUGAUGGAAAACGCUUUUUAUUAGCUGAUGAAUCACUUGCACGACGUGAUCGUCUCUUAAUGUUUUCAAGUGAUCGUCAACUUGAUUUAUUAUUUCGUUCUCCUAUUGUUUAUAUGGAUGGAACUUUUGCUAAAAGCCCACCGCACUUUAUGCAUAUAUAUAUAAUACAUCCGAUUCUUUAUGAUAUUUGUCUACCAUGUGUUUUCUGCUUGUUAUUUCCUGCAUCAAAACACUAUGCAUGUAUUUUUCAUUAUUUUCAGGCGAUUUAUCGUCAAAUACAAUAUUUAGGAAGACAACAGGAUUAUUCAAAAAAUGAAACUUUUCGAUUACUAUGUAGGAAAAUUAUGGCAUUGGCAUUGAUACCACGCGACCAAGUCAUAAGUGAUUUCAAUGAAAUACGAGAUGAUGCUGAACAAUUACCCGGUCGACUUAUGGAUGAAUUAUUAAUAUAUUUUGAAAAAAAUCGACUGGUUAAUAUUGACUUAUGGAACGUGUCCACUUGUGACACACGAACAAAUAAUGUUUGUGAAGGUGAGAACGACAUAAAACGUUUUUAA